UAUUGGUGCCCGGUCGUUCUGCGAGUAGGAAACGCCGUCACAUUGUUCUUUCCCCUGAAUUUGUGCCUACUACGCCUCCUUCGAGACCUUUUUUGAGGCGUCGUGUAUGCAGCUUCGAUAGACGCGGAAGCUUGCACCCACUACUUGACUCAGAAGGUAUACUUGAGUCCUCUGAACGGGACCUAGCAACUCUCGAAGACUUAACAGGAAGGCCACAGUCUCACUCUCCUGUUCCGUUGCUUGAUGUGUCUCUUCCACCUUCACAACAAGCAGAAUUUAGUAGAACUAUCAAUCAUGGUUUUCCUGAUUGUGAAUGCCAAGACUAUGGUGCACGGUUCUGGUAUGAAGAGCGGCUUAACAGACAUGCAUCUCUUACUCCUGUUUUCACACUUUGUUGUCAGAAGGGUUGAGUGCGCCUGCCAUUUCUGCAGGAAACUCCUCAGUACCUUGAAGACCUCUUGGGUGUUAAUGCCGGUCCUAUGGCAGCGCAUUUCAGGGAACAUAUACGCUCCUAUAAUGCUGCUUUUUCUUUCACAUCCUUUGGAGCACGCCUCGAUCCAAGAGUUACACGGUCAUGGGGCCCUUAUUUAUUUCUUAAUAUGCGGAGAAAAUUAUCAUCGCAUGGGAUCUUUGCUUCCUGUUGAAGGUUAGAGACCUAAAUAUUCUCAACUCUACGUCUUUGACCCACAAACCGAACUAGCAGAUCGACUGUCCAAUUUUUCUUCUGCUGAAAGGUCCCUGCGUACAGAUAUUAUUUCUAGGUUAAUGAAGCUGUUUGAUGUCACAAAUGAAUUGGUUAAGUCUUUUAGACGAAUUUGUUUUGAAUUGACUGAUCCAGUAUCAAUCAAUUUAAGACUGCGUAUCGUUGGUGCAAGAGACACAGCAUCUCGACAGUAUGAACUUCCGACUAGUUCGGAGUUGGCUGGACUCAUUCCUGGUGAUUUCUUGCCUGAUAAGGAAGAACGAGAGAUCAUUAUCGACCAUUGGUCAGAGGGCCUAAAGAGGAUCACAAGUGUUCACCCGAAGUUUGAUGCUCUGCACUUCCCGGUUCUCUUCCCAUACGGAGAAGAUGGAUCCAUGUGAACAUACCGUAUGAUUCUGUUCAUACUCCCAAAACACUUAAAAGGAAACAUGUAACUGAAAGAGAGUACUAUGCUUACCGACUUCAGCAUAGAGAUGACGAAGGGCAAACAUUGAUGCGUGGUGGGAAGGCACUCAAACAUUACGUGGUCGAUGCAUAUUCCACAAUUGAGCAAAAUCGACUCUACUACUUACGAUCGCAUCAAGAAAACCUCUGGUCUGAACUGUACUACGGCCUUACGGAUGAUUUCAACAGAGUUGAUGUUACAGGAGAUAAUGUUGGCCAUGUUGUGCUGCCAUCAUCGUAUACUGGGAGUCCUAGGUACAUGAAGCAAUUGUACUUAGAUGCAAUGGUUGUUGUCCACCAUCAUGGCAGCCCCGAUCUGUUCAUUACCUUUACGUGCAACUCCUAGUGGCCAGAAAUAACAGAAUCCUGUUGUGCUCUCUGUGGUGCGCGCAGUGAACUGAAACCAGAGAUUGUUGCUAAGGUCUUCCGCAUGAAGCUUAAUGCACUGGAAGAUGAAUUAACACGAGGCCAUUUUUUUGGCCAGACAGUGUCGGGUCUUUCCCUUUGCCUUCUGCUCUUCAUUUCCUUUUGAAACUGCCUAUUCUUAACUCUCUUGUUGCUAUCACCAUAUACUUGCUCAUUUACCUUGUCAUUUGUACUCUAUGAUAGAUGACAUAUUUCAUUUCCUUAUAAUUGCAGGUUUCAAAACCGUGGAGUUUCAGAAGAGGGGUUUGCCCCAUGUUCAUAUACUUUUAUGGUUGGAUUCAAAGAAUAAGUUGCGAACAGUCUCUGAUAUUGAUCAACUGUUAGUGCUGAGAUGCCAGAUCCACUCAGCGAUCCAAUUGGCUAUGAUGCUGUGACAAAGUUCAUGCUCCAUGGCCCAUGUGGUGAAGAUAAUCUGACCAAUAUUUGCAUGAAAGAAGGCUUGUGUUCAAAGUAUUUCCCAAAACAAUUCAAUUCAGAAACUACAACGGACCAAUUUGGAUAUACAGUCUAUCGCCGUCGUGAUACAGGUAUAACAGCAGUGAAAAGUACAUGAUAAACCGUUAAUUGCACAUGUUUUCACCCCUAUUCUUGAGCCGUUUGAGAUGUUGAUUCUCAUUUUUUAGGCCGAUUUCACGCUAGGUUGUGCUUGUUUGUGAUAUUUCAGGUCCUAGUAGGUGAAUGAAGGUUUGGGAGCGAGUUCGGGGUCGAUUGGACGAAGAUCGGACGUGAGGCGAGUCGCUGAGGAAGCCACACGGGCACACACAAAACCCACACGACCGUGCAAGUAACCAAUGUGGCCGUGUGGGAUUGUGCGAGCCUUCACACGGGCAGACUGGGCAUGCCACACGGCCGUGUGCCCCUGGCCGUGUAGGAAGCCUGAAAUCCCCUAAAUCGGAAUGCGGCGUUUUGGACCUCACACGGGCAUCUGGGUAAGCCACACGGCCGUGUGGCCUGCCCGUGUGAGUCGGGAAUUCUGGUUUUUACCCAAUUUGGAGCCACAAGUGAGGGAAUGGACUUUUCAGAGCAAAAACAGAGUUUUAGAGAGAGAAAGGGUGAAGAACAAACCCUAGGAGCUAUUUGGAGUGGAUUUCUCACCAUUGAAGCCCAGAUUGCAUCCCCAGGAGUGAAGAUUGACAUCCCAGAGCAGAUUUUCCUCAUCUUUAUGAGUAUGACUACUCUGAUUUCUGUUUUCCUCUCUCUCUCUCUCUAUGGAGUAGAACCCUUCUCUCACUUGGGUAUGAAGAACCCUAGUUCCAUGUGUUAGGGAUUUGAUUGUAAUGACUUGGGAUGAUUAAACUGUUUGGUUUUAA